AUGGAAUUCGGAUAUAAUAGUAUAUUUGUAAAAAAAUACUCACAUGGGAACUCAUUCGCUCUGGAAAAUGACCUCAAAAAUAAAAAGUUCAAAUUGAGAUUUAAUAGCUACAGCGUAAUAUUCUUUUGCGUUGUACUUCUUUUUUCUUUUCUAGUUUGUUUGCUUGUUGUAUUUAGUCCAAAUCCCGAACCGAGGAAUUUUAAAAAUAAUGAAUACGUGAAACCAAUUUACAACGCUCCUAAGUACCAUGAGGACAAAUAUCUAGGAUGUGUCAAGGAUAUAAACAACAAAUGCGUGAAUUACGAUGAGUUGAAACUAAAAUACCUGAAUACACUUGAAGAAAAACUAAAACUGAGGGGAAUUCAUUUGACAGAAGUUGAUACAUUUGAUUGCAAUUCACCUGAAAACGGAACCUGCAAAUCCAAUACUAAGAUACAAGGACCUCUUUCUAAAAAGGAAUUGGAGGCCAUAGUUAUGGCUUUAUUGGAUAAAAGUAUAGAAUUGGACGACAAGUUUGAAACAGAUACAAUAAUUGAAUUCAAAAGUUUUCUUAAAAGAUACCUAAAAACAUAUAAAGAUUUAAACGAGUAUAAGGCCAGAUAUUUGAAUUUCAGGGUUAAUCGGAUCUUCAUAGAAACUCACAACUCAAAUCUCAAUAAACUCUAUACCAUGGGAUACACAACAGCAGCAGAUAACUCAGAUCAAGAAUUGGGAAGAGCUGUCAAUAGCAGUAUAAAAUACAAGCCUACUGAUGAGGAAUUAUACAGCCGUGCUGCCUUAGAGAUGUCAGGACCUAAGAAAUAUAAGGGUGUGCUAUUUGACUGGAGGGAAAAGGGGGUAAUUUUGCCCGUUCAUGACCAAAAAGAGUGUGGUUCAUGCUGGGCAUUCUCUAUGGCAGACUUGGUAUCUGCAAUGAUGGCGAUUAAUGGCAACAAACUGCAAAAUUACAGCAAACAACAGUUAAUGGACUGCAUAGAACCAAUGUAUACCUGUAAUGAAGGGGGCCGUCCUUCUUCAGUUAUAUCUUAUUUGAAAAACUACCGAUACUGUACAGAAGAAGAAUACCCGUAUAAAAUGGGAGACUACCGCUGUAUUCAACCAAACACUUGCAAAAAUAAAAUUAAUAUAUCCAAAGUUCAUUCCCUCCACGAUAAAAUAGUCGAAGAUUAUCUGGAAAAAACUGGCCCAUUCCAGGUUUCAAUACAUGUAUCAAAAGAAAUGUCCUUUUAUAAAGAAGGCAUAUUUGACGGCGAAUGUUCACAACGUGAGAAUCAUUCUGUUGUUGUAGUAGGACAUGGGUAUGAUCCUGAUCUUAAGGUUUAUUAUUGGAUAGUAAAGAACUCUUGGGGAGAAGACUGGGGAGAAAAUGGUUAUAUGAGGUUGCUUAACGCAAAUUAUAAACAGAAUGGAAUAACUUCAUACUAUUGUAAACUGGAUAGAAGGUCUAUUGGUUUUUCCAUAUAA